AAACAAGUUCCAGCAAAGGCGAACAAUUUUGACUGUGAAGAGCGAGAUGGCGCUGUGUUUUGUGAAAACAUCAACGUUUGUUUUGCUGGUCCUAGUACAAGUUUGUCAUGGGAAGGACCCUCAACCCCAACAGAUUCACAUCUCAGCAACAGGAGAUCCCACAGAGAUGAUGAUCACCUGGGUCACUAUGGCUUACACCAACUACACUAUUGUGGAAUACAAUAAGGCUGGUUUUCCUCUUACGCUGCAGAAAUCUGGCAGCAUUACUAAAUUUACUGAUGGUGGUUCAGCACAUUUGGUGAGAUACAUUCACAGAGUUAAACUGACAGGACUGGUUCCUGCUCAAAGAUAUGAUUAUCACUGUGGAGGAUAUGAUGGGUGGAGUGAAGUGUUUGCUUUCAAUGCCCUCAAGUCUGGAGAGGACUGGAGUCCAAGACUAGCUCUUUAUGGAGACUUAGGUAGUGUCAAUGCAAAAUCUAUUAGCUACCUUCAAGAGGAUGCUCAGAGAGGAAACUAUGAUGCUAUUCUUCAUGUUGGCGACUUUGCAUACAAUAUGGAAUAUGAUAAUGGAAUGGUUGGAGAUGACUUCAUGAAUCAAAUUCAGACAAUUGCUGCCUAUGUUCCCUAUAUGACAUGUCCAGGAAAUCAUGAACUAGCUUACAACUUCUCAAACUACAGAAACAGGUUUUCAAUGCCAGGAAACACAGAAGGUAUAUUUUACAGUUGGAACAUUGGUCCUGCACACAUCAUCAGCUAUUCUACAGAAGUCUACUUCUGGUUGCAGUAUGGAAUUGAACAAAUCGUUCAGCAGUAUAACUGGCUUAUCAGAGACCUUGAGGAGGCAACUCUUCCUGACAACCGCAGUAAACGUCCCUGGAUCAUCACCAUGACACACAAACCAAUGUACUGCAGUAACAAUAAUCCUAAUGAUUGCACAAAAACUAACAGCAUGAUUCGCACUGGAAUAACCUCCAAGCAUUUGUGGCCUUUGGAAGACUUGUUUUACAAAUAUGGUGUGGAUUUGAUGUUGGAAGCCCAUGAGCACUCCUAUGAACGUUUGUGGCCCAUUUACAACAUGCAGGUUUGUAAUGGAUCUCGUGAGGAGCCAUACACCAACCCUUGUGCCCCAGUUCAUAUAAUCACUGGUUCAGCGGGAUGUGUUUCGAGGCAUGACCCUUUCAAGAAGGAUAAGCCAUUUUGGACAGCUUUCCGUACUCUGAAUUAUGGUUUCACUCAGAUGACAAUCCAUAAUAAGACUCACAUAGGCAUACAGCAAGUGGAUGUUGACCUGGGUGGGGAAGUUGUUGACAAAAUAAUGCUGAUAAAGGAUGUUCAUGGACCAGAAGCUUGGGUUAGAAAGAAUGUGGAGAAUUGAAAGCUGAGGAGAAUGAUGAAAUCUGGACAACAGCUUGUUGGAAAUUUACUCUUCCAGUAACUUGUCACUGUUGGUAUAUAACUAAUCUUUGCAGAGAAGCUGAGCUAUGGUCUCUCCUUUUGUAAUUACUUUUUUUCACAAUAAUUUUGCAAUAUAAAGAGGGUACAGGGCACGUGUUUACUUAAAUAAACAACAAUUCACUGUUGUUUAUUAGAACAGAAUGCAAAAGUAGCUUGGACAACUAAUGAGGAACUGAUCAACUGAUGAA